AGUUGCACUAGCACUGUUACAAAGUUGCAAGCACUGUGCACUUGCUGUCUACCCGUACAGUCUGAGCCAGUGGCAAUUACUGUAUUCAAGGAGGCUGGGAUAGCGCUGCACCUCGACUUACUCUAUCAAAUGGACCCCAAUGCAUCUCAAGUAUCGGCGCCGUCUGUCAUUGGCAAGCGCGUCUUCCCGCCGCUCUAUCAGUCCACAGGCGAUGUAGCUGUCGAUCGUCUCGCAUUUUUUCAUAUAUUGGAGAGACUGAAGACACAGAAGCGGACGGGAUGGGUAGAUCAUAAUGUCCCCGAACCUGAAAGCAUUUCGGACCACAUGUACAGGAUGGCUAUCCUCGCGAUGUGCACGUCAGAUGCAAGCUUAGACAUCUCCAAAUGCGUGAUGAUGUGUCUCGUACAUGAUCUCGCUGAAGCACAAGUGGGCGAUAUCGCCCCUCGAGAAGGCAUACAUAAGAUCGAGAAACGGCGCCUCGAAGAGGAAGCCAUGCACAACUUUGUGCAUGAGAUGCUACACGAUAGCCCUGCUGCGCGCCGUAUCAUGUCACUGUUCAAGGAGUAUGAAGAUCAACAAACUGAUGAAGCACGUUUCGUCAAAGAUCUAGACAGGUUUGAGAUGGCUUCGCAAGCCUCGGAAUACGAGCGCAAUCAUGGUAUGGCUACGCUGCAGCCAUUCUUCGAUAGCAGCGUCCCGUAUAUACGGCACCCGGAGGUCAAGCAAUGGGGAGAAGGCCUAAUCGCCGAACGGGGCAGAACUCAACCUGAAGAGCCCGCGAUCGGGCCGUGAGGUUGUAGUACAUGCUCUCGUACACGCGGUGCAAUCACAAAGUGCAAAGGAGACGGUCGCUGUAAGAUAACCGGUCAGCCUGAUACAAUACGCGCUGCUUGUCCGCACCGCGACCAAGGCUCAUGAGCAUAUGUUCAUAAUUUUCCUCGUUCUGAGCAACGUCGGCAGACGGCAGAGAGCGCCCAGUCACUCGCCCAUCCGUCCUCUUGUUGCUCGACUGUGUCGAGAUCUAUUAGUAACACCCAGCUUGCGGGGUGCGGCUGAAUUGUUGAAGCUUGAAGCUUGAAGUUUC